ACCGUCAGAAAAAUUGUUGACACUUGUCAUUAUAUUUUCUGCAUAAAAAAUUACAAUAAUUAUUGAUGAAUCUUCAUGAAAUAUAACAUUUCCUAGAAAAGAAAAGGAGACCGUCUAUCAACACCGUCCCGACGUGGUGGGCGAGUUUCCGAGGUGGCGACGACGAGAGGACGAGAGCUCGAGGGCGAGCCUGCGUGAGAAAGAGAGGGAAAGCUAGAGAGAGAGAAAUAGACGGAGACGGCGUGGACGCGCCUUCGUGGAAAACGUAUAACGAGACGACGAAUAAUCGCGUAUGAUGGGAAGAUUACAGAGGCAUGGCGCUGUAUUAGUGGUGAUAUCCCUCUUAAUAGAGACCAAUGGCUUUUACGUGCCCGGAGUGGCUCCAGUGGAGUUCAAGAAGGGCCAGAAGAUCGACGUGAAAGCUGUCAAAAUGACCAGCAUUCAUACACAGUUGCCGUACGAAUAUUACUCCCUUCCCUUUUGCAGGCCCAAGAAAGAGAUCUUUAUUUACAAAUCCGAAAAUUUGGGGGAGGUCCUGCGAGGUGACAGGAUAGUGAAUACUCCGUACGAGGUCGUAAUGGGGGAAGAUGUCAAUUGCAGGUUGCUGUGCCACGACUCGUCCAACUUGAUGACCUGGAACGAGGAGAAUUCUCAGCAUGUAAUCCAGAUGGUCCAGCAUGAAUAUUUUGUUCAUCUAUUAAUAGACAAUCUACCGGCAGCUACCAGAAAGAAACAAAAAGACACAAAUAAUGUUCUCGUUUAUCAAGGAUAUCGUCUGGGUGGGGUGAUAAACGAUCAAGUGUACAUCAACAAUUAUCUUAAACUAAUACUAAGCUAUCAUAAACACGGCGAGGAUGAAUUCAGAGUAGUCGGAUUCGAAGUAGAAACUCGAUCCGUCGACACGUCUCAGUUGAAGUUUGACGGGAAUGUCUGCAUGGUGCCGAACGAGGCGAGUCCUCAGUUCGUCAAUCCCAAAGGAACGCGUCUUCUCUUCCUGUAUUCCGUGGAGUGGAAACAAUCGGACGUGAGUUGGGCUAGCAGAUGGGACGUGUACCUGGGCAUGAGCGACGUCGAGAUUCAUUGGUUCUCGAUCAUCAAUUCUCUCAUCGUCGUCUUCUUCUUAUCCGGAAUUCUGACGAUGAUCAUGGUGAGGACGCUUAGAAGGGACAUCGCUCGUUACAAUGCAGGCGAGAGCGACAGUCUAGCUGGUCUGGACGAAACCAUCGAAGAGACUGGCUGGAAGCUGGUCCACGGAGACGUGUUUCGACCGCCGGCCAAUUCGCGCUUAUUUGCCGCCGUCAUUGGCAGCGGCAUCCAGAUCUUCUUUAUGGCUCUGAUCACAAUAUUCUUCGCGAUGCUGGGGAUGCUGUCGCCGGCGAGCCGAGGAGCCCUAGGCACUUGUGCGAUAUUUUUGUACGUAUUUUCCGGCUUGAUCGCCGGUUAUUUCUCGGCGCGACUCUACAAGACGAUGCGAGGCCGGGAAUGGAGAAGAGCCGCUCUAUUGACGGCGACGUUCUAUCCUGGUAUAGUCUUCACGACGUGCUUCUUCCUAAAUUUCUUCAUAUGGGGAAAGCACAGCUCAGGUGCAGUCCCCUUCACCACCAUGGUAGCCCUGUUGUGCCUCUGGUUUGGCAUCUCGUUGCCUCUUGUCUACCUAGGCUACUUCUUUGGCUACCGUAAGCAGCCCUUCACACAUCCAGUUAGAACGAAUCAAAUCCCUAGACAAGUUCCUGACCAGUUAUGGUAUAUGAAUCCAAUAUUAUGCACCUUAAUGGCUGGAAUCUUGCCGUUUGGCGCUGUAUUCAUAGAACUCUUUUUCAUUUUGACUGCACUGUGGGAAAAUCAAUUCUACUACCUCUUUGGAUUUCUAUUUCUCGUUUUCUGUAUCCUCGUUAUUUCGUGCUCGCAGAUUUCGAUAGUCAUGGUCUACUUCCAACUAUGCGGAGAAGACUACAGGUGGUGGUGGCGCAGCUUCAUCGUGAGCGGCGGUUCGGCGGUCUACGUGUUGGCUUACUCUGUCUUUUAUUUCGUCACGAAGCUGGAGAUCACCGAGCUGGUGCCGACCCUCAUGUACUUCGGCUACACCGCGCUGAUGGUCCUCACAUUCUGGCUACUGACCGGAACGAUCGGUUUCUUCGCCGCGUACGCCUUCAUCAGGAAGAUAUACGCGGCCGUCAAGAUAGACUAGUCAAAGUUAUCACUAGUAGAGUGAUGCGAGUGAAUCAAUUUAGAGUUUUAAUUUAAUUAAGAGAGAGAAUGAGAGAGCGAGAGACAGAGAUAAGGGGUUUAAGUUUUUUGUAUAGAAACAGAAUAAGUGAAAUAUAAGUGUGGAUGCAUCUACAUCUUCCACGAAGUUUCGAAACUGCAAAUAUUUGCAUAUAAGAUCUUUUAUGACUGAAGUAUGAUUAUUGUAUAUGAAUAUUUGAUGUGUCGAUAUAAGGAUUCUAUUUUCUGUUUAUCGUGAGUGCAGUGGAAGCUGCUUAUUUGCUAUUGAGAAUUAGAUUGUGAAAGAAAUAUAUUUAAAAUUAAUACAUUUAUAAGGAGGAAAAAAUGUGUUU